AUGGGUCGAGCAUACUGCCGGGCCGUGGAGAAGGUGCACGAUGAGAUUGCAGUCUUCAGCGUCGACAAGUUGAAGAGUUAUUGUUGUUCCGUAGAUCACACAGACCCAGCGACUGGGGAGACAUUUGCUUGCGACCGAAAGAUCAUACUGCAGUGCAUCCGCACAUGGUUCGGCACUGUGCAGACCUUCGAGCAUCGAGUUCGAUCAGAAGUGUUGCAGAUCCUGGUUCACCAGCUCAGUACCCAGGUCUUAUCUUACAGACAGUUGAUCACAUCCCUUGCGCCCCUGCUGUGGGCACACCUGGACCUUGCGUCUACGUGGAUGUUGGAGGGCAAAAGCCUGCUAGCCGUGCAUAACAUGAUGCGUGGAUUCACCUACUGGCUGGCUAUGUCCCCGACCCUUAUCCUGCUAUGCUUCCGAGUGGCAUAUUUCAUGCGAAAAAAGAGGAGCAACGAAGUGUUUGAUUUGUUGAUGUCUUGUCUGCUCAUACUUGUUGCGGUUUGUAUCUAUCUGUCCUUCGUAACUGUGGAUUUUGUAGCUUUCCUCGUAAUCUUUCCGAAUAUGCGGAUUGUUGCGGGCUUGGUAUUUUCAAUCCCAGCAUUUAGUGUCGCAGUACUUGCGUGGCAAAAGUUGCCAAAGCUCCCGCUGCUAGGCACGCCUGCCAUGCCUGUCGACCGAGUCGACUGA